UCUUCCUUAAGAUGAACAAUUCUUCUGAUCAUUCCUGACAGAGGAUUUGCUUACAGGGGCCCUGCAGAGGAUAACCUAAAAAGGACAUACAGCUAGAUUUGGCAGGGAGCAUGAAUUUGGGUUUUUUUUUUAAUGAGAAGCCUUCUGAGCAUGCCUGAGGAAUGACCGGCAUUUCUGCAACUUGGAUAAACCCACCAGCUCGCUCCGAGCCCACUCAUUGGCUGCCUGGGAAAAUAACUGAGGGACAAUGGUUGCCAAUUGUAAACAUAGGCGAUAAGUAUUCAUUUGGCUUAGGUGGCCGGGGAGUGGCUAAGUACAGACUGGAGCUGGAUUCAGUAGUGCUGGGCUAGUUGCACACUGCUUGUGGCUUCACUUUGGUGUUGAACUUACUCAGCCGCCCCUUAUUCAUUGCGCUGCUUCUUCAUUCUGCAGUCUCCUCCAGCUCAAAGGCCAAGGAAGCAGAGGCUGGAGACUCAGCACAGGAAAUAAAAUUAAAUGCAGCCAAUGCAUUCAACAUCCCAGCUUUAAAGGAACCACUGACAGGACAGUUUAAACUAAACACUGGCAGGACACAAACGCUUUCCCUUUUGUGGUAGCGACUUCCAUUUGGAUUUUGGAGAAGUUGCGUGACUCUCCUUUUUUUUCUGGAUGAAGAACAGAUUUUAGGUUAAUGCAGAGUGAUUGGUUAAAAAAGGAAUCGACAGAUUAACAUCACAGACCCAACUGUUGAAACACUCUAUCAUUUAACAUGGAUGAUUUUGAGCGUCGCCGGGAGCUCAGGAGACAGAAGCGGGAGGAAAUGCGUCAGGAAACGGAGAGGUUGACCUAUCAGAGAAACGAUGACGAUGAUGAAGAAGCUGCAAGGGAACGCCGUCGCCGUGCUCGCCAAGAGAGACAAAGCUUGCAAAAGGAUUAUGUCGGAGAUGGGACAGAAGUCAACUCUCAAAAUAGUGUCACAACUGAGACCACUAGGACAUCAACAAAUACAAGCACUGAUAUUUCAUUGGACGAUGAAGCCGCUCUCUUGGAAAGACUGGCAAAGAGAGAAGAGAGGCGCCAGCAACGCCUGAAAGAAGCCUUGGAACGGCAGAAAGAGUUUGAUCCAACAAUAACAGAUGAAACAUUGUCCUCAUCAAAGUACAACAGAAAUGGACAACAUGAAGUGGAGGAAAACCACAUCUCCGCAAAAGAGGACGACUCUGUAACCCAUCGAUCCCAGUAUGAAGUUGAGGAAACUGAAAUAGUGACAACGUCCUACCAAAAGAAUGACAGCAGGAAGGAAGUACAAGAGGAAGUGCAAACUGAAAAAACGGAGGAAAAGGAAGAAGAGCCAGUCGAGACACAACAAGAAAAUCUCAUUAAGAACAAUCAGGUAGAAGUUACUUUUGAACUGAAAAGUUCAGACCAUGAAGCUAGAGUAAUAAAUUUAGAAAUAAGUGUGGACAGAGGUGAGUCAGAACUUAGGGAAGAUGAUGAGAGGAAAGCUGAAGAGAAAAGGAUUGAGGAAGAAGCUAGAAGAGAAGCAGUGGAAAGGGAAAGGGCUGAGGCAGAGAGAAAAUCAGCAGAAGAAAGGGAAAGGCUUGAGGCAGAGAGGUUAGCUACUGAGGAAAAGGAAAGACUUGAAGCAGAGAGAAAAGCUGCAGAAGAAGAAAGAGAAAGGUGUGAAGCAGAGGCAAAACGGGAAGCAGAACAAAGAGAAAAAGAGCAAGCUGAAGCAGAAGAGAGGGAAAGGCAGAGGCAGCAGGAAGAGAGUAAAUUAGCAGAGGAAAGUGCAGAAGCUGAGAGGAAAGCACAAGAAGAAAGGGAAAGGGUAUUGGCAGAGAAGAAAAAAGCAGAGGAAGAAAAAUUAAGGCUGGAGGCAGAGCAAAGCAAAGCAGCAGAGGAGAAGAAAAAGGCAGAGGAGAAAAGGUUAGAGGAAGCAAGGGAAAGAAAAAAGGCAGAGGAGAAAAAGGCAGCAGAAGAAAGGGAACGGAAAAAGGCAGAGGAGAAAAAAGCUGCAGAGGAGAAAGACAGGAAAAAGGCAGAAGAAGAGAAGGCAAGGUUAGAGGCCAAAAAGAAAGAGGAAAAGCAAGACAAGAAGGACAAGACCCAACCUGCCUUCUUAAGGAAACAGGGAGAAGACAAAGAAGCAAAAGUGGAUUCUAAAAUGGACAAAAUCACAGAUGAGAAACCACGAGCAGGCUUCCGAAAAGAGGAGGUUAAGGAAGAGAAAGCCAAAGGUCAAAAGGAAGAUCUGAAGGCAAGCUGGGAACGGAAGAAAGACAUUCCAGAGACCAAGGCACACAAUGGAGAAAGUGGACAUGAGCGUGCUCCCCAGAAGCUUAAACAGCUUGAGAAAUUUGGUGGCACAAAAUCUCAUCCAACUCCUGACGAAACUGAUUCAGUAUCCAAAAUUGAAGCGGAUAAGAGACUGGAUGAUCUUCGUCGGCGCCGGGGGGAAACCGAGAGUGGAGAGUUUGAUAAAUUAAAACAGAAGCAACAGGAAGCCGCGGUGGAACUAGAAGAGUUGAAAAAAAAGCGUGAGGAACGCCGGAAGAUAAUGGAGGAAGAGGAGCAGAGAAAGAAACAGGAAGAGGCAGAGAGAAAAACUAAGGAAGAGGAAGAAAAGAAGAGAUUGAAAGAAGAGAUUGAAAAGAGAAGAGCUGAGGCUGCUGAGAAACGAAAAAAUAUGCCGGAAGAUGGUUUAUCAGAGGAGAAGAAACCCUUUAAGUGCUUCACACCAAAGGGUUCAUCUUUUAAGAUUGAAGAACGAGCAGAGUUCCUCAACAAGUCUGCACAAAAAAGUUCCAAAUCAACGCAGUCCGCAGCAGCUGUAUCUAAGAUUGACAGCAGACUUGAGCAAUACACCAGUGCAAUUGGGAGUAACAAGAGUGCCAAGCCUUCCAAAACUGCGCCCUCUGACCUGCCCUUGCCAGCGGAUGGUAUUCGUAAUAUAAAGAGCAUGUGGGAGAAAGGGAAUGUCUUCUCAUCGCCAAGUGGAGCUUUGUCGCCAAACAAGGAAACGGCAAACAUAAAAGUUGGUGUUUCAAGUCGCAUUAAUGAGUGGCUCACAAAAACACCGGAGACCAACAAGGCAACCCCCUCUAAACCUUCCGAUCUAAAACCUGGAGAUGUAUCUGGAAAACGCAAUAUUUGGGAGAAACCAGAGGAGAAACCUGGAUCUCCAACUAAGGUGACAGUUGGAGGAAAGAAACCUGAUAGAAACGGUCUGAGAUUUGAAAAAGAGCCAUAGGAGCAUAAACCCGCUGAUCCAACAAUGUGCUAAUUCGUCUUUUUUUGUUUUCUGUAUUUAUGUUUACUUACCAAAAAUGUGUUUUUGUCAUUAUACCGAACGAAACCAUGUAUAUUAGCACCGUAUUUAAUAGCCCUCCCCCAAACGAGACGAUCCGAGACAAUUACUGCAUUUGCACAAGACCCGCAUUUCUUCUGAGGAUCAGGCUGUGAAACGAAAAUAUUUCUACUGAUGUAUUAAAUGUUUUGUUGUGGAGUCGCGAAUGCUGCAAAUUUAAGGCGAGAAGUAAGGGCAGGUCGGCAUUGCGUCAAGAGAAAUAUACUGCACUUUAGAGAACAUUUAAUCCAACAUAAACAUUAGCACCAUCAAUUCAUUUUAUAAUUUAAGAAAAAAAAUGUUGAUCCUUCUUUGACUUGCCCAAAUUCUCUUUAACCAACGUGGUACUAUGUGGGUUUUCUUAAAACGGAAAUAAACCUGCACUGACCCAUAGGUUGCCUUACUACGACUCUCAACAUUUCCCCGCAUUAGUCAUGGGCGAAUUUGUCCCGUGGAAAAUUCACGGAAGGCAUUGAAGUCAAUUGGCGUCAAAAUUAUCUUGACGCACUUCAAUUUCGACGCCCGCGACAAUUGUUAUAUGUGCGCCUAUUUUGGCCAAAUGCAUUAAAGUCAACGGGUGUCCGAAUAAAUUUUGUCUAUUCCCAAAUUUUUUUCGUUGCAACAGAUUUUUCGGCUCUGAAUUUUCACUGCAGUUUUGUGAAUUUGUUCACCAGCGGCGAAAUGUGUAAAUUCCCCGCAAAUUUGCGUCUGUUGAAUUUAUUCGCCCAUCACUACCCAGCAUUUUAUUAAAGGUCAAAUCAUGGUGGAAACGGUCGUCCAUUAACAAAAGGGGUAGAUUCUUAAAGCAACACUGCACAACUUAGCCCUCCCUAAUCAAUGCAAAAAGGUUCUCCAAUAAGAAUUCUACCUGCUCUGUUUACACU